GACAUUUCUCUGCAGAAAUUCUGAAACCCAGAUGACGGCCCGAGCUGCUGCAUCAGACUCUGAAAUGCUGUCCUUCUGGGAUGUGGCCAUUGAGUUCUCUGCCGAAGAGAAGGAAUGCCUGGAGCAUGCUCAGUGGAAUUUGUACAGGGAUGUGAUGUUGGAGAAUUACAGCAACCUUGUGUUCCUUGGUCUUGCUGUGUCUAAGCCACACCUGGUGACAUUUUUGGAGCAAGGACAAGAAUCUUCAGAUGUGAAGGGACAAGCAGCAGCCAUUGUGCACCCAGGAAUAACAACCAAUGAUUAUAACAUUUACGACAAGACCAUUGAUUGUAACUCACUGCAUAUUCAACGCCAGAGAAUUCAUACAAAGGAAAAACCCUACAAGUGUAAAGAAUGUGGUAAGGCCCUUAGUUCUCGCUCAGCACUUUCUAUACACCAGAGACUUCAUACUGGAGACAAACCCUACAUGUGUACAGAAUGUCAUAAGACCUUUAAUACUCUCUCAUCACUUUUUAUACACCAGAAAAAUCAUACUGAUGAGAAAUCCUACAAGUGUGAAGAAUGUGGCAAAACAUUUUACUAUCCUUCAAUGCUAAAGCAACAUCAAAGAAUUCAUUCUGGAGAGAAGCCCUACAAGUGUGAAGAAUGUGGAAAAAGGUUUUCUUAUUCUCUACGCCUUCAGGUACAUCAAAGAAUUCAUAGUGGCGAGAAACCAUACAAGUGUGAAGAAUGUCACAAAGCCUUUCGUAAAUACUCAGCCUGUUGGAGACACAUGAGAGUUCAUAUUGCAGAGAAAUUCUACCAGUGUGAACUGAGUGCGCAGGGAUUUAGUAAACCCGCCUUCCUCAUCGGGAACAGGGCAGUUCACACUGCAGAGAAAGCCUACAAGUGUGAAGAGUGUGGCAAGUGUUUUUGUUCCUCUUCAUCCCUUAUUCGACAUCAAACAAUCCAUUCUGAAGACAAUCCCUACAAGUGUGCAGAGUGUGGCAAACGGUUUUCCUCCUUUGCACGCCUUCAAGAACAUCAGACAGUCCAUACUGGAGAGAAACCACACAAGUGUGAGUUGUGUGCCAAAUGUUUUUGCUCAUCUUCAUCCCUUAGACGACAUCAAGCAAUCCAUUCCGAAGACAAUCCCUACAAGUGUUCAGAGUGUGGCAAAAGGUUUUCCUACUUUACAAACCUUCAAGAACAUCAGACAAUUCAUACUGGAGAGAAAUCAUACAAGUGUGAUGAGUGUGGCAAAUGUUUUUACUUAUCUUCAUCCCUUCGCCGACAUCAAGCAAUUCACUCUGAAGAUAAUCCUUACAAGUGUGAAGAGUGUGGCAGAUGUUUUUCAUCAUCUUCAUCCCUUAGGCGACAUAAACAAAAAAAGAAAAUUCAUUCUGAAGACAAUCCUUAAAAGUGCGGGGAAUGUGACAAAGACUUUGUUAAUCUUUAUGUCCUUACUCAACACAUGAUAUUAGUUCAUACCAGAGAGAAAUCCUACACAUGUCUUAAAAAGUUUAUUUGUUCAACUCUUAAAAUGCAUCACAUGAUUCAUUCUGACUACAAACUCCAUGAAUAUGUGAAGUGUGGUAAAAUAAUAGCUAACAAUUCAGAUCUUAUCCACCUCUAAUGAAUGAACCCUAGUAGAGAAUACUAGGUUAAUUAUUUUGAAUUGUCAACAGGAAUCUCUAACUUCCAAUAGCAAAAAUGUUAAGAAUGUCAUCAGAGAAGAGUAGAGACUUCUGUUUGCUGUAACAUCCAACAGUUUGUUCAAGCAGUGUGUUUGAAACUUGCCUUGAUUAAUGAGUCUCUUUCUGCUGUAACUAUAAAUGUUCCCUGAAACCUUCACCAUGUCCUGAAAUUGUCCACAGGGUACCUGGAAUCUGAGAUCUGGGCUGUGGCAUAGUUAUUCUUGUUUUUCCCAGUGGAGUCAUCCAAGCUCCUGUAAUAUCUCCCCUAGGUGUGUAAGAAUCUCUGUCUCUCUGAGCUAGUAGGUUGUCAUGCAGUAUCUGGCUCCUGAGUCCUUAUUGGUAAAAUAAAAGGACAAUGACUUAGUUAAAACUACAGGAAAGCUCUUCCAGUCUUAGGCCUCAGCAUCAAGGCAGCAGCUGCAGAGAUGCAGUCAUCAGCUGAGGCAGAGAUGGCAUCAGGUGCAGCUGCUGUGCAUCAGAUAAAAAACAACAGUGCCCGUAGAGCAAUAAUGAUAGGGAAGUUAUGAGAGGAACCAGUCGCUUUCUGAUUGGAUUUAAAGCCCAUUCCAUAAAUAAUUACUGACAUGAUGCUAAUUUGGUGAUAUACUUGUGCCUGGCUAGAUGAUAAGCCCUAGGGAGAAUUGAAUGCUGUUAUUCUAAUAAGUGGGUUCUAACUAAAUGAACCCAAGUUCUCAUCUUUAUUCCCACAGAGUCAGGCACCUCUCCACACCCACCAGAAAAUAUUGUGUGGAAGAUGGAGAAUAAUACACAGAUGCAAACCGGUUGAAGUGUAGGGAAUAUUAGCCUGUGGAGGGCCCUGAUCUAGAAGUGACACCUGUGUCACACAGUGUAAAAGAGGUCCCUUGUUGGGAGCUGUACAGCCCAGUUUUGCAUCAGCAUAUGACUACCUGUACACUGGGUUUCCUCAGAACAGGCACCUGUGAAAAUGCACUCUCACUUGGCAAGGACCAGUAGACCACAGGACAGCAUAGGAAUUUGCAAAAUGUGUGGAGCUUGCAGACUCUUGCAGGCUCUUUUCCUCUCAUUAUAUUGGUGAUUCUUUGGGCAGUUCUUAGUUUUAUGUUGUCAGUCACACAGGCAACAACUGUAAUUUUCCCUGGAAAUUCUGUUCCUUUUCAAAUACUUUGCCUUAAGAUUCAGCAGGUGGUUAUUGCUUCUUAAAUCCCUUCCCUGGAAUUACUAACUACAAUUCCCAACCCUGGGAACUUUUCUGACUCAAAGAAGAUAGUUAGGUACAUGUGAGAAAACAACCCUUGGGAAAUUAACCAUGUUUCACAGUUUGGGAAAGGAGAACAGAGCAUGUGUACACAGACUCUGAUGAAAGCCUCAGGGAUACACAUGGUGGCGACUGUUGAGAGUAAGUUCCCUGGAUAGCAAGCAUAGAAUUGUUGGUAGGAUCUUGUAUGCCCCCGGAGGAAAAAAUACAGUGCCAAAUGUGGGAUGGGUAGAUCCAUCUUUACCAUACAUAGAACUUAUAUUGGUGGAAGAAGUAUGGUAUGGUGAGAUGAGAAAAGAGUGCUUUAUCGAGAUCUGCCUUUUACAGAGAGACUGAGAUAUGGGACCCUCUUUUAGAAAAGGGGACUAUAUAAAAACAUAUCUUGCAGACAUGAAAGAACUCUCUGGGUUUGAAUAUUGUUGUCCUUAAAGCAAUGUGGCCAUCUCUAUUACUUUUUAACUUUGUAGUCACGAGUAGCCGCCAGCUGACAUAAGAGCUGCAGAGCAGGAUGUGUCUGGCUCGAUAUUUAGUUCACCCUGCAAAAAUGCUGAACUCUGUGUCUAGAAUCAGGCUGUGCAGGGGGUGGAAGGUGUAUCUGGGGAAGUAUAAAGGGAACAAUGGGGGCUUUCAUAAUGCUCACAAUGUAUUCCUUAAAUUGUGAUGUAUUUCUUAAAGUCAAAAAUAGAAACCGAUAAUGUAACCCUGGUAAGAGAAAACUCUGUUUAAGUAUAAAUAAAGACAACCUGAGCUA